GCCUCUUCCUCUGCGGGCCGGGCCCGGCCGGGCCGGGCGGGGCGGCAUGGCGGGGCGGCUGGCCGGGGCCGGGGCGCUGCUGGCGCUGCGGGUGCUGCUGGCGUUGCGGGCGCUCCCGGCCGCCGCGCACCCGCAGUGCCUGGACUUCAGGCCGCCCUUCCGGCCGCCGCGGCCGCUGCGCUUCUGCGCGCAGUACUCGGCCUUCGGCUGCUGCGCUCCGGAGCAGGAUGCAGCGCUGGCCCACCGCUUCGGCGCCCUGGCGGCCCGCGUGGACGCCCGGGUGUGGGCCGCGUGCGCCGGCUACGCGCUGGACCUGCUGUGCCAGGAAUGCUCGCCCUAUGCAGCCCACCUCUAUGACGCCGAGGACCCCUCCACGCCCCUGCGCACGGUGCCCGGGCUCUGCGAGGACUACUGCCUGGACAUGUGGCAGACCUGCCGGGGCCUCUUCCGCCACCUCUCGCCGGACCGCGAGCUCUGGGCGCUGGAAGGGAACCGUGCCAAGUUCUGCCGCUACCUGUCCCUGGAUGACGCUGACUACUGCUUCCCACGCCUACUGGUCAACGAGAACCUCAACUUGAACUUGGGUCGUGUGGCGGCCGACGCCAAGGGCUGUCUGCAGCUGUGCCUGGAGGAGGUGGCCAAUGGGCUGCGCAACCCGGUGGCCAUGGUCCACGCCCGGGACGGCACUCACCGCCUCUUCGUGGCCGAGCAGGUGGGGCUGGUGUGGGCCUACCUGCCCGACCACUCGCGCCUGGAGAAGCCCUUCCUGAACAUCAGCCGCGCGGUGCUCACCUCGCCCUGGGAGGGCGACGAGCGGGGCUUCCUGGGAAUCGCCUUCCACCCCGACUCCCGGCGCAACCGCAGGCUCUUCGUCUACUACUCGGUGGGGGUCGACUUCGACGAGUGGAUCCGCAUCAGCGAGUUCAGAGUCUCGCAGGACGAUGAGAACGCCGUGGACCACGGCUCUGAGAGGAUAAUCCUGGAGAUUGAGGAACCAGCCUCCAACCACAAUGGGGGCCAGCUGCUCUUUGGGGACGAUGGGUACCUCUACAUCUUUACCGGAGAUGGCGGGAUGGCUGGAGACCCCUUCGGAAAGUUUGGAAAUGCCCAAAACAAGUCGGCGCUGCUGGGCAAGGUGCUGCGCAUCGACGUGGACCGCAGGGAGCGCGGCGCACCCUAUGGCAUCCCGCCCGACAACCCGUUCGCGGGCGACCCGGCCGCACGGCCUGAGGUCUACGCCCUGGGCGUGCGCAACAUGUGGCGCUGCUCCUUCGACCGCGGCGACCCGGAGUCGGGCGCCGGCCGCGGGCGCCUCUUCUGCGGCGACGUGGGCCAGAACAAGUUCGAGGAGGUGGACCUGGUGGAGCGAGGCCGCAACUAUGGCUGGCGCGCCCGCGAGGGUUUCGAGUGCUACGACCGCAAGCUGUGCGCCAACGCCUCCCUCGAUGAUGUGCUGCCGAUCUUCGCCUACCCGCACAAGAUGGGCAAGUCGGUCACAGGGGGCUAUGUGUACCGGGGCUGCGAAUACCCCAAUCUGAACGGCCUCUACAUUUUCGGCGAUUUCAUGAGCGGGCGUCUGAUGUCCCUCCGAGAAAAUCCUGGAACAGGCCAGUGGCGGUACAGUGAGAUCUGCAUGGGCCGCGGCCAGACCUGCGCGUUCCCAGGCCUCAUCAACAACUACUACCCACACGUCAUCUCCUUCGCAGAGGACGAGGCUGGGGAGCUGUACUUCAUGUCCACGGGCGUGCCAAGUGCUACAGCUGCCCGCGGGGUCAUCUACAAAGUCAUCGACCCUUCCAGACGGGCACCACCCGGCAAGUGUCAGAUCCAUCCUGCCCACGUGAAGGUGAGGAGCCGCCUCAUCCCCUUUGUGCCCAAAGAAAAGUUCAUCCGGACACCAGAGAGCACCCCGCGGCCCACAGCGCGCGCGCCCACCAAGGCGCCCCGCAGGACCCGCCCCACCCUGCGGCCAGCCCGGCCCACCCGGCGGCCAGGGGGCAGGAGGGGCGGAGGACGGCGACGGGGGCGACCGAACACCGCGGAGCCGGCGCCCUCCAAUGGCGCAGUGCGCCUGGUGCGACCCGCAGGACUGAGCCCCGGCAGAGGACGUGUGGAGGUGUUCGCGGAGGGACGCUGGGGCACCGUGUGCGACGACGCCUGGGAUACCAAGGCCGCCUCGGUUGUGUGUCGCCAGCUAGGCUUCGCGCAUGCAGUGCGCGCUGUAAAGCGGGCGGAGUUUGGCGAGGGCCGCACACUGCCCAUCCUGCUGGACGACGUGCGCUGCGUGGGCAGCGAGCGCAGCCUGCUCGAGUGCGCGCACGCCGGUGUGGGCACGCACAACUGCGGGCACCAGGAGGAUGCCGGCGUCGUGUGCAGCCACGAAGACCCCAACUCAUAGCCGAGCCUCGGCUACCCGGCCUGGCCUUUCCAUCUUGCGUGGAGCCCGGCAGGCAGCCCAGGGUGCGUGUGGUUAUGCCAUCUAAUGGUGGCAGGUGGAGUGAGUGUGGCCUAAGAGGUGGCCUAUCCGCAUAGCUGUCCUGUCGGACACACAGGCCCUCUGGCCUGGCCAUGUGUCCCUGGCCAUGUGUCUUCUGCCGCCUAAUGCUGCUGUGUUGGAACAGCAUGGUCUCUGCCAGUGUGUGGUCCUGGGUCAAGAAGAGCUCUUCUUCACUUCAGGAACUCCAGCUAGCCCUGAGGACAGAGGACAGCCAUCCUUCAAGGGCAGAUAAGGUCUCUGACUGCAUUAAUGGAGGCCCAACUGGAAGACUGAGGAAGAGGACCUGCCCCGUGAAGUGCAGCUGCAGAAGGUGCCAGACCAGCUGAAGCCGGGACCAAGGAAUGUGGUCCAGAGAGCGUGGCCUGGUGGCCCAGCAGCCCAAGGCACUGGGGAGAACAGGAUGCAUCCUAUGGGGCAAAAAGAAGCUGCUCAGAUGGACAGAUCCAGGGUGUCCUGUGGCCACGACAGCCCAUGAGAGGGUCGGCCUGCCUAGGAGGAAGUGAGUACCCAUCUCAGGAAAUGGCUGGCCAGGGGGCACUGGAGGACCUCUGAGGCCUGGAGCUGGAGAAGUCCCCUGGUCAUCCCCACCUCACUGUCAUGCUGACUGCCUGCAGGUGUUCUGAGGAAAGUUCCUGUCCUCCUCCAGCCCUGAAGCCAGAUCUUCUCCUGCUCCUGGGACAGAGUCCACCACCCCCCAGCCUCUCCAAGCACCUGGGCCCCAGUGAGUGGGUGGGCCUGCUCUACUUCCUACAGGGUCCUCGGGACCAUCAGGCUCCUCUGUCAUCUCCAUCCCCACCCCUGCUCGGAAACCCCAGGGAACUGCUUUCUUAAGCCCCACCCAGGGACCAGUGAGACUGCCCAGAGUUUGUCAUCAGGGCUAUGCCAACAAUGUGACCGUUUGCAGAGCCCCCUUUAGCCUCUUCUCUGAUCCUGACUGCCCAGGAGCUCGGGUGCAGAGUGAGGGGCAGAGGCAGGGGGUGGCUGGCCACCUUCCUCUUCCUGCACAGGCUGUUCCCUUGCCCACUGAGGGCUUCAGCUCUGUGCUGCGCUAGGUCUACGGAGGGGAGCUAAGGACUUGGGGCUCUGUCUCUGAGGGGGCUCUAGGGUGGGGGGAUAAAAGCAGAUGAGUCGUUAGGACAAGAUGUGGCCCAUGUUGGGGGUAGUGGUGAGGGGUCUGGGUGACACACUCCAACCCAUCCUUGUGUGAGGCAGUGGCGCCAGAGAAGAGGCCCUAUCUGCACCCAGUUUUACGUUAAGCAGGCCCUGGGGUGGUGUGCCAGCUGAGGAACUGGCACAGGCACAGGGCUGGCAGCAACUGUGGCUGCCCAUUGAAGCUUAGGUAGAACUGGGCUGCAGAGGAACCAAAACGUGUGUGUGAGAGUGUUGCUGGGGACUGACCCCAGGACCUUGUCCCUGCUCAGCAAGUACUCUAGAAUUGAGUUGCAUCCCCAGCCUUUUUAAAAACAUUUUUAUUUUGAGGCAGGGUCUUGCUGAGUUGCAGAGGCUGGCCUUGAACUUGCAAUCCUCCUUCCUCAGCUUCCCAAGUUGCUGGGUCUACAGGUGUGAACCUUGUGUCCACCCAAGCUGCAACUCUGAGGUCAGGAGUUCUCUGGAGUGAAAGGGCUAAUGAGCUGUUACAGAGAUGAAGGACAGAAAGAGGAAAGACCAGGCCCAGGGCAGGUGUGCGCCGUGGCGGCAAGGCUGGGUAGAGGCUGUCGCUGCCCUGGGAGGGAGUGUUCUGGUAAUGCACCCAGGAGCGGCAGAGGUGUGAACACUGAGCUUCUGUUGGCCGUUAAGGGGGGUAAGCGGGUGGGUGGGCCUUGGUGGUCGGUCCAUUAGGCACACGUGCCUGGUAAGUCGGGAUUGGUGGAGACUAACAGUAGAGAAAGUUCUCUCCUCAUUGACUGAGGGGAUCCUGGCGUUCAGAGACUGGGGUCAGAGCCACACUCCCGGAUGGUUUACUGACUCACUUCCUGUCUCCUCUCGAGUCCAUCUUCCUGCCCUUAUUAAUUUAAUGUAGGACCUCAGAAUUUUCCUCUUGUCACCCUCUUGGACUCUUCAUACCUCUGUGCUAAGUGGGGUUGGCGAGGACUCAGGACCUUAGGUCUCGUCUGACCCUGUUGAGCUGUCUCUGUGUGGGGCUGCCAUUCGCCCUGCUGUGGAGUGGGGCCCGUGAGCCGGGCCUGGUUACAGGGACGGCACAGCAGGGCUUACCUCAUCCUCAGGACACCAUCUUCUUCUCCCUUUGUCACGUGAGGGGAAACCGAGGCGCGUGGAGAUUACAUACCUUAGCAGAGGGUGCGUGGCGGGGGGAAGAGAGACCAAGACUCGGCUGAGGCCAGAUGGGCUGCAGAGCUUGCUGCAGGGCUCAGAUGCCACUGCGUCUGCAGAGAGGGGUAUGACAGGCCAGGGUGGCUGCGGCCUGGCUGGGCAGCAGUUGAUGGCACCCCUGUGUGCCCCUCUGCCCAGGGGCCACGUGCCACCGUCCUCCUGAGAAGGAGGUUGGCGGGCCCGCUCUUCCUUGAGUGGUGAUGGGGGAUGGCUGACGCCGCGUGCCAGGAGCUGCUCUCCAAGGUGUGCGGUUCAGUCACUCCUUCAACAUCAAGUAGCAGUCAGCGCAGGUGCCGUGAUCACGCCUCCCAGCACCUUACAGGUGUAGAAACUCGGGUCCAGAGAGGUUAUUUCUUGCUGAAUGUAACACAGUCAUUAGCCAAAUUUGAAUGCAGGCAGUCCACCCUGGAGCCCCAGCUGUGGCUAUCCUGCUGUGCUCUUUGGGGCAUUAAAUUCCAGCCAUCCCCCCUCUGGGCCCUGUGGACUUGCAGAUAAGAACACCAGUCCAGGGGACACGACCUGCUGUGGAGCGGAGUUCAGGACUUUGGCCUUGGGCAUGUCUGUCUUCCUUGGGGUCUUUCAGGGCACACGGCUCCCCCUCUCCCUACCAGUUUCCAUCCUUAGCACCCCACCCCAAUGUGGCCUCCUGUCAGCAGCCCUGCUCAGGCUCCUCGAGAGAGGCUGCCCCUGCCCAGUGUCCCACACUGCUCUGUGUUGGACGCUCGGGGCCAAUGCUGCCGUGUGCUGCAGUGGAACUCAGCAUCCAGGACCGUGCCAGAGCGUCGGCCUGCGGUAACGCCGCUUCGGGCCCCUCCUGAGCCUCGCUUGCACUUUGUCCACCUGCGCCCAUCUGCACCCAGCUGGGUCAGGGCCUCGGAUGGCCACUCUUCCUCUGACAGUAGGAAAAGCCCUCUGUCCAUGGCUUCAACAGCCAUGUGAAUGGCUGAAGCCUAGUCAAGGGAAUGUGUCUCCAACUUCCCCAAGGUACCCCUGCGUUUAUACCUUGCAAAUGUUUGGCCUGUGUGACCUUAGGGCAGUCACUUAACCUCUCUGAGCCUCCUGGAAAACAGACAUUAUUAGCAGGAUUACUGUACCAAAAAACAAAACAAAACAAAAAAAAGUGGUAACAUUGCAAAUGUGCCCGGCACAUUCCCGGUGGCUUCCUGGAUAGAAAGCUCUGGUCCAGGCUGGUGGUAUCUACGCUGGCAGCUUCCAGCUGUGCAAGACUGAGUGGGGCUGGGCAUACUGUCCUGAGAGACCAGCACUGGACUGAUACGGGAAGAAAUCCUCCAAGUGGGGGGAAAACGAGCCCCUUCAGAAUGACAUGGAGAACGCAGGUCUUCCUGUUGGGGUGUCUGUGCUUACUCUCCCUCCCCUGCUGAGGACUAGCUCUUAUGAAGCACUGGCUGCAGCCAUAUGCCUCAAGCAUGUUGGCUCAUUUCACCUUGACAGCGGUCCCUCAGGCCAUCCCAACAUCACGAUCCCCUUUUCCAUCCCAGAGUGGUUAUGUAACUGGCCUCCAGGACUUCCAGGGCAGUUUUGAAUGGAGGCUGGCUCUCCCAGGGUCUGGUCCUCCUCCUUCCCUGGGCUCCUGCCCCUCUGCCUGAGAGGCACCCAAGUAGGGCAGCCACUUCAGAGCCACCCUGCUGCAUCUCCUCCAGAGGUUCCCGCUGGGAAACCACUCCCUUUAUGGCAGGUCUACACUGGUGGUUUGUUUCCCCUGCAGGGCUGCUUGAAACACAGGUGGCUGGGUGCCAACACAGUUCCAGGUCGGGGAAGGGCUGAGGGCGUGCAGUUCUAACAAGUUCCUGGGUGAUGCCUAGGGGCCAGACUUUGAGAAUCAGUGUGUUGCUUGUGCCUUCCAGUAAAGCAUAAUGUGAGCCACAGGGGCAACCAAAAGUUUUCUAGUAACCAUAUUAAAAAGUCAGAAGACACAGGUGAAAUUAAUAACAUUUCAUUGAAGCAACAUUCAAAAUACUAUCAUUUUAAUGGGUAAUCAAUAUAAAAAUAUCAAUGACCUUUUAAAAGCUUUCUGGGCAUUUAAUUAUGAAAUCUGUGUGUAUUUUACACACACAGCCAAUCCCAAUUUGGACUAGCCACCUUUCAAGUGCUUUAUAGCCACAUGUGGCUACUAUAUUGGAUGGUAUUAGUCUAGACCACCCCUGUGAAGGGGUAGGUGGUGGUCCUAUGGUUCCGUAGCACCUUCUGUUGCAUCUGACCGUGUUGCCUGCUCAGGAAAAAGAGCUUCAGACCUGGGGCCUCUGUGUGUGACCAUGUCACACCACCUGAUGACAUCAAAAGAGAGGGUGACAAGGCAGAGUAGAUGUGGUGCCUUGGAUAGGCGAGUCUGUUGUCCACCCAGUGGCAGGAAGGGGGUUCUACGCAGACAAAAAUGCGGGGGGUGAGCCCCGGUCAGGCUGAGCCAGAGGUCACUGAUGUUGCCUGACGCUCCACAGAGUGUGAACACCACCCCUGUCCUUAACCCUGGGUGAACAGGCUCAGCGGGUAAUUGUGCCCACAUGCUGCUCUAUGCCUUCCUCACACGGGGCCCCAGUCCGUGCCCAGAGAUCUGGGCCUGUCCUCAAGAAACCACUGUGCAGGCUCCAGAGGCACAAAGCAAUGCAAAGGGGACUCCUCACAGCCUGUUUGGUACUUUUUGUAAAUCAGGGCCCGGUGCCAGGAACUCUAGUUACCAAAAGUGUCACGUCCUUUUCUU